GGUAAACUGAACAUUUUGAGUUUUCCUCAUAGCAGCAGUUGAUAUUUUCGGCUACCUCGAGAUUCUGUAUUGUUAAAAUGACCACCGUAGCAAAAUCUCAGGUAAAGCUACUACUUUAUUUGUUGUUUCCAAAAAAUAGUUAUUUGAAAUAUUUUUAAUAUUAUACUUAUAUUGAAAUUGAUUGAAAUUCUUGAGUGAUAAUGUAAUAAAUUGCAGCCUGAUCAAGACGUAAACGUUACUUAUGAAGAUCAGCAAAAAAUUAACACCUUCGCCCGUUAUAACAUGAAAUCAACGGACUUAAAAGAAGAAUUGGCUGAAAAAGAGAAGGAGCUUACAAAUUUAAACGACGCUUCUGAUGAAAUUUUGAUGUUGGAUGAUGAUGUUCCCAUCCCUUACCAAGUUGGAGAAGUUUUUGUUGUAGGAGAUAAAGAUGAAUCUGAAAGAGUCAUUGAAAAGGAAAAGGAAAAUAUAGAAAAAGUCGUUUCUAAUUUAAAGAAGAAAAUUGAGGAAUACCAAGGCCUAAUGUCCAAGCUGAAAGUUGACCUAUAUGCAAGAUUCGGAAACAGCAUUAAUUUAGAAAGUGACGAUAAAUAAUUUAUAAAAAAUUGAUAAAAUUUGAAUGAAUAGCUUUAAAAGAACUUAAUACAUUUUUCAAAUUUGUUUAUAAUUAAAAGCGAUAGAUGUCACUGAAAUUCAAGUUUUUACUAGGCCUUACAUACAAGAUCACCUCAUCGGAAAUAGCACACAAUUUUAAUAGUAAAAUUAGUACCGAUAUUAUAAAGUAGAUGGCUUUAAUAUCUGUUCAAUAUAUACUCACCAGCUUACAAUCGAUGUCAUUUCAACCGAUCAACCUCUAGGAAGCUAUGUUAAGACGUAGUAAGUAUAAUUUUGACAGACAAUAAUGCAAAAAAUAGUUGAAUUUAGGAUUACACUUUUUCUAAUAGAUUUCUAUUCGCUUAUUCGCUCUAACUACCUCGGUAGACAUGUAUGUCGGUAUUUGUCGGCCACUCCGGAAAUGCCCAGUUGCGAUUUUAAACCAACUCCUUACAAGGGCAAACCUAAGAGUGAAAUAACUAAAAUUCGUGGAGAAAAUUUAACACCAGCACUAUUGACCUACUAUAAAAAUCAUAUUCUUAUUAAUCAAGGCUAUAUGCAAUGGUUGUUUGAUGAAGAAGGACGCCGAUUUCUCGAUUUAUUUGGUGGUAUUGUGACAGUUAGUGUCGGACAUUGCCAUCCUAAAGUUGUACAAGCUUUGGAUGAACAAAAUCGUUUACUAUGGCAUACGACAAACAUCUAUUUGCAUCCAAAAAUCCAUGAAUAUGCUGAGAAACUAAUAAGCAAAUUCCCUGCGGAUUCAAACCUAAAAGUUGUUUACUUCGUAAAUAGUGGAUCAGACGCCAAUGAUUUAGCCGUUUUAAUGGCUAGAAUGUACACUAAAAGAUUUGAUAUUAUAUCGUUGAGAAACGCUUAUCAUGGAGCGUCUCCUUAUCUUAUGGGAUUGACUUCAUUGUCAUCGUGGCGUUACCAAGUUCCAUCGGGUUUUGGUAUGCAUCAGGCAGUAAAUCCUGAUGUAUACAAGGGGCCAUGGGGUGGUUCAAAUUGUAGAGAUUCUCCAGUCCAAACCGACAGACAAUGCGAUUGUUCUUCUGGCAGUUGUGAAGCCGGAGAUAAUUACGUAGAGCAAUUAGAAGAUUUGAUAAGACACUCUUGUCCAAAGGAAGGAAUUGCUGCUUUCUUUGCCGAAUCCAUUCAAGGAGUCGGUGGAACUGUUCAAUUCCCAAAGAAUUAUUUAUCAAGAGCUUUUGAUUUAGUGCGAUCAAAGGGCGGAGUGUGUAUCUCUGAUGAGGUACAAACCGGUUUCGGCAGAACUGGAACACAUUAUUGGAACUUUCAAGGCCAUGGUGUUACACCUGAUAUCGUUACAAUGGCGAAAGGUAUAGGAAACGGCUUUCCCCUUGCGGCUGUUGUAACUACCCCAGAAAUUGCUGCCACUAUGGGAAAAGCCCUCCAUUUCAAUACGUACGGAGGUAAUCCAUUGUCUUGUGCAGUUGGUUCAUCAGUACUCGAUGUUAUUGAAGAAGAUAACUGCCAACAAAUAAGCCACGAUAUUGGGACACAUUUACUCGAAGAGUUAUCUAAAUUAAGAGAUCAAUUUGACUACGUUGGUGAUGUCAGAGGAAAAGGUCUAAUGAUUGGUGUUGAACUGGUUGCCGAUAAGGUUUGUAUUUUAUUUUAAAUUAUACUAAUUUGCUCAGAUUAUUCUAUACAAUUAUAUCGUUCUUCAAUUAAAAGAAAACAAAGAAACCCUUGGAUGCAGAGAAGGUAACUAAAAUAUGGGAAGAUUGUAAAGAUAUGGGAGUGCUAAUUGGUAAAGGAGGACUUCAUGGAAAUGUUCUAAGAAUCAAACCUCCAAUGUGUAUUACAAAAGAAGAUGCUGAUUUUUCAAUUGCAGUUCUUAGAAAAUCGCUUGAAGCGAACCUUUAAAGAGGACCCUUUAUCCUUCUUACGUGUUCUUCAAUGACAUUAUAACAUAUUUUAUAUACUAAUGAUUUUGUUUUAAAUUGAGGAUUGGUUCCUUAUUUUUUCCUUGUUUCUAGCUUUUUAUCAGUUUCUCUUAUAUAAAUCAAAUAAACAGUUAUUUUUAAUCUUAGAUAUGACUGAUCUAUUGAACUUGUCGGAAAACAAUAAUAAUUUAGCAUACAUAUUACAUUAAACAAUAAUUAAUUUCAUAUCCAAAACAACAAUUAAUUUGAUACUGGCAUAAUAGUUUUUCUAAAGAUCUUGUCUAGGUGGUCUAUGAGGAGGUCUUGGCUGUCUUGGCAUUCUGAAAUUGUCAUUUCUGAAUUUACAAUUUUCACUCCAUUCAUCACUACCAUCCGAACAAUCUUUAUUACCAUCGCAUAUAUAAAUAGGAAGUAUACAUUCCUUUGUUCCGCAUGUGAAUAAAUUAUGCGGACAUUUAAAAUCUUUUGGUACCGUUUGUCGUCCUCCUCCUUGCCAUCUUUUUCUGUUCCACGUUUUACAUAGUGAAGCAUAUUCAUCACUACCGUCCGCACAAUCUGGAUUAUCGUCGCAAACGAAUUUCUUAUUAAUGCAUACUUUGUCUUUACACGUAAACAGGUUGGGAUGCGGGCACUUGAAGUCGGGAUCAUCUGGGCUAUAUUUUUCAUUUGGAUUUAUUGGAUUUUGAAUGCAAUCUCUCUCGUCGGAACCAUCUUAAUGGGGUAAAUGAUUAUCUUGAAUCUGUCACACAAUUUUAUUAGUUAUCAAACCUGAACAAUCCUUUUCUCCAUCGCAUUUGAAAUCUUUAUCAACGCAUUGUUCGCCAUUGCGACAAGCAAACGUUGACUCUGGACAACGUUUGCUGACU